UUUAGAGGGGCAAAGGGGAAUUCCUCAUUAUUUAUCCUUUUUUUUUAAUCUCUUCCUCUCCCUUUUACUAAUGAGGACUCGAUCUGUCUCUUCCGCCGCCGGUUGCUGAUGGACGACUCUAGCCCCCUCGUCGCCGGCGCCGCCACUUACCUCGUUCCUUUCCGGUGGUGGAAGGAGGCGCAAGAGUCGUCCUUGGAAGCAGCGGCCGAAGGGACGGAAGGGAUCCGCUACGAGGCGGUGCCCUCCUCAUCUUUGUCGAUCUCAGUCGAGUCCGAUCUCGUCUUCGAGCUACGUCGCGACGGCGGCAGCGACUCGAAACGGCCGGCAGCGGAAGACGAGGGGUUUUCUUGCAGAUGCUACGCGUUGAUUCGAAGAGAUGUGUGCUCGAUGGCUGUCAGAUGGCAUAAUGAUACGAUUCUGAACACGGAGAACUAUCUAGAUGCUUCAGAUGAUAUAUGCCCUCUGACACUUAGGAUCUCUGCUUCCCAGGACACAAGUACUAUAACAAUUAAGAUACGCAAGGAGGACAAUGUUACUGAGAGUUACAUUAAGGCGAGCACACUUUUUUCGGAUGAUUCUGAGCUGGUUUAUAUUUGGGAUUUUUCCAAGCAAAUAGAUCAUGCCAUAAUGAAUCUGCAGAAUAUAGAGUUUUUGGAUGGGCAACACCAAUCCGAGAAUGAGAUUCUUCUAGAGGUUCAAUUAUACGCUUCAUCAGAAGCCGUAACUUCUGAACAUGAAACCAGAAAGUAUUACCCAACAGUUCCUAUAUCCCAAAUGGCAAGUUCUUCCUAUGGUGGUGAUUUGUUUAUGAGCAAUGGAAGCAUAGAAACUAUGGAUUUUGAUCUUCACACAAAUGUUAGCUCCAUCAGAACAAGUACUUCAGGUCUGACAGGAUUGGAGAAUCUUGGAAAUACAUGUUUUAUGAAUAGUGCUAUCCAGUGCUUAGCCCACACACCGGAGCUUGUUCGCUAUUUCCAUGGAAACUACGCUAGAGAAAUAAACCGUGAGAAUCCACUAGGGAUGAAUGGUGAACUUGCUUUAGCAUUUGGCCUACUUUUGAGGAAGCUAUGGGCUCCAGGGAGAACACCAAUUGCUCCAAAUGUUUUUAAAUCAAAGCUUUCUUCUUUUGCCCCACAAUUCUAUGGCUUUAGCCAACAUGAUUGUCAAGAACUUCUGGCCUUUCUAUUAGAUGGGCUCCAUGAAGACCUAAAUCGCAUCAAACAGAAGCCCUAUGUUGAAGUUAAGGAUGCAUCUGGUCGUCCAGAUGAAGAAGUAGCGGAAGAGUACUGGACAAACCACUUAGCUCGCAAUGACUCCAUUAUAGUGGACAUCUGUCAUGGUCAAUACAGAUCAACUUUAGUGUGUCCUGUGUGCAAUAAGUUGUCCGUUACAUUUGAUCCAUUCAUCUAUCUGUCUCUUCCCUUACCGUCCACAAAAAUGCGUACAAUGACUGUUACUGUCUUCAGUACUGAUGGUCACAGCAGACCAACCCCUUACACUGUGAAUGUGCCAAAAUCUGGGAACUGCAGUGAUCUAAUACAAUCUUUAAGUAUUGCUUGUUCAUUAAAGCAGGAUGAGAGUUUAUUGGUUGCUGAGGUUUUCUGCAAUCGAAUAAUUCGUUUCCUAGAGGAUCCAUCUGAUUCAGUUUCUUUAAUUAGAGAUGGAGAUCAGCUUGCAGCAUACAGGCUCUCAAAAGAACUUGAAGAAUUCCCACUGAUUGUGUUUAUGCAUCAAACCAAAGACGAGCACUAUUUCACUGGCAGAUGGAAGGCAUUUGGUAUCCCUCUGGUUACUAGGCUACCAGGUUUGAGCACAGGACCUCUUGUCCGCGACUUGUUCUUGAAGCUACUUGGCCCAUUUCUAAGUCCUAAAGAAUCAACUUUGGAUGUUGAUAAAGAUAGUAUUUAUGAUGAGGAUGGGAUUACUAAUAUAGACUGUGACUCCAUUCUCCCUGAUUUUGAAGACAAUGCUACAGUUAAAGAAAAGCAUUUCCAUGAUGGAUUUCAGUUUUACUUGACAGAUGAGAACAGUCAAGUAAUGCUCUCAGAGAUAGAGAUGAAUGGGCCAAUUUGCCUAAUGGAGUUACAAAGUAAACUGUUUGUGCUUGUCAGUUGGCAUGAGAAACAAAUGACACAUUACAAUGUGAGCCUUCUUAAUACCUUACCCGAGGUUUACAAGUUUGGACUUUUAGCUAAACAGCCGCAGGAGUCGGUCUCCCUGUAUUCAUGCCUUAAAGCAUUUUUGAAGGAGGAACCACUAGGGCCAGAAGACAUGUGGUAUUGCCCAAGCUGCAAAAAGCAUCGGCAAGCUUCCAAGAAGUUGGACCUUUGGAGGUUACCAGAAGUUCUUAUCAUUCAUCUAAAAAGGUUUUCAUAUGACAUAUUUUCCAAUAACAAGCUGGAGAUGUUUGUGGACUUCCCAAUUCAUGACUUGGAUUUAUCAGGCUAUCUUGCUUGUAAUUCAAAAGAGCCGUCCAAAUAUCGAUUAUAUGCAAUCAACAACCAUUACGGGAACAUGGGAGGUGGUCAUUACACUGCAUAUGUUUAUCAUGAAACUGAAGAUCGUUGGUUCGACUUUGAUGAUCAGUUUGUUCUUCCCAUAUCGGAGGACAACAUAAAAUCAUCUGCAGCUUAUGUUCUCUUCUACGAGAGGAUUAGACCCAGAAGCUUGGGUACCUAAGCUAGACUGGUGUGGUACAGUGGACAGUAGAGCAGAAUCAUGGUCAGGGCACACUUUUCAUCGAUACUUAUCGUCCAUUAUUUGGGUGACGUAGACACAUGCUUGCCGAAAGGGACUUAAGGCAGUGAACACAGAGACAUCAUGAAGACAUGAAGUAAUCUUAAGCAGUUACAAAAUUCAGAAGAGCGGAAACGGUUGGACACCAUCAGUACGUGCAAGUGAGAAAAAUUCUUCCCACCUUUUGGAGAUUUUUCGUGAAAGAUUCACAAGUAUAUUCUUUUCCCUUAGAUGAUUCUACUUGUCAAUACAGAUGUAAAGUUGCAUUCUAGGGCUUAUUGGAGGAAGAGAAAUAUUAUUGGAUAUCUUUGUUUUUUUUAUUUUUCUUAAAAUAUGGUAGCCUUCUAUUUUAAAUGCUAA